AUGCACUACUACGCCGUCGCCGCCGCCAUUGCCGCCCUGCUGGCCGUCCGAGUCUACUCGGUCCGCAGGGUGCGCUUCGACCGAUACAAGGCCCUGCACGAGCGCUACAAGCACCUCGUGGCCGACCCGAGCAAGAUGACGUACCAGGAGUCGGAGGACAUUCAGAAGGUCAUGCAGAGUUAUGACAUGCCGUGGAUCGCGGUCCUCUCCCUCUCCUUCGCCCUCUUCAAGACGUACGCGAUCCCGACCAUCUCGCUGGUCCUCAACAAGUCGGGCCAGCUGUCGGACCCGAGCGUCGCCGCGCGGCGCGCAGAAGACACGGCGGUGUUCAUCGGCGAGUUCCUGUAUGGCGGGUUGGACAGCGAGCGCGGGAGCGUCGCGCUCGCGCGGCUCAACUGGCUGCAUGGGCGCUAUGGCGCCUUGAUCACGCGCGACGACCUGCUGUACACCCUCUCCUUGUUCGUGUUCGAGCCGGCCACCUGGGCGAAGAAGUAUGAGUGGCGGGAGAUGAGCCAGCUCGAGCAGGAGUCGAGGUACAUCUUCUGGCGCGAGAUCGGGGCGCGGAUGGGCAUCGCCGACAUCCCCGCCACACGCGCGGGGCUGUGGGACUGGUCGGUCGCAUACGCCGCCAAGGCCGAGAAGUUUGCGCCGCAGAACAAGGCGGUCGGCGACGCGACGUUCCACGUGCUCCUCAAGCCCAUGCCAGCGCUCCUCAAGCCGCUCGGCAAGGUGGCCGGCACCGUCUUCCUGCCGGACCGCACGCGCGAGGCGUUCGGGUACGCCAAGGCGCCGCUGAUCCUCCGUAUUCUUGUCCCCGCGCUGCUCUCCCUCAAAGGCUUGGUCUGCGGCUACCUCCUCAUGCCGCGCACCCGGCCGCCGCCGUACGUCGAGGCCGUGGUCGUCCACGACGAGAACGACCCCAAGGGCGAGCGCCUGGUGCGCUUCGGCUUCCUCUUCGAGCCGUGGUACUGCGAGCCUGGGAGCACGAGCAUCGGCGCGCUCGGCUUCGGUCAGCCAGGCGGAAAGCAGUGGCACGACGCCGGGUUCAAGCCCGAGACGCUGGGCCCCGAGAGACUGAUGGACCAGGGCGUCGAGCUCGCGAUUAAGAACGGAGCGGCGAUGCGCACGGCCGGUUUGGCGUGUCCUUUCUUCCGGCCGCAGUGA